GUAUAAGCCAUACAACUGGGAGACCUCAGGGAGAAACUUCUGUGGGCAUAGUUGCCCUUUAGGGCAUUACUUUCACCUUGUUCUGGGUGGAAGCGAAGACAUGUUCAGGCUUAACUGCCAUGGUCUAACAGUCUGACAUCCUAGCACAAGUAAAAUUGUGUAUGUGCAAGAAAAUGCAAGUAAGCAUGUCUGUGAGCAAAUGAAAGUGAAAGAGGCACAAAGGCGGAAGAGAGCAGUUUGAACUAGCACAAAACAAAUGGGGAAAGAGAGCUAAUGGAAAACUCGGAGGCUAAUCCAUAUGUAUAAGGAGAGAGAGUAGAAAAAGUUAUAUAUAGUUAGCAUAACAAAGGAUCAAGGAAGCCAUGAAUUGACUCAUCCUGGAGGUGACUGUGGUGGUACCAUCCCAUUUCCCAAUCUGCUUCCCACUUGGAAAAGAGCCAUGGCUGCUGUCUUCCUCCCCGGGAACCUGCAAGACGAGGCAACUUGUUCAGUCUGCCUGGAGUUCUUCAAAGACCCCGUGUCCAUAGAGUGCGGCCACAACUUCUGCCGAACCUGCAUCACCAAGAGCUGGAGAGGCCUGGAGAUGGAUUUCCCCUGCCCUCAGUGCCGGGAGAUCUUCCAGCAGAAGAACUUCAGGCCCAACAGGCAGCUAGCCAACAUGUGCGAGAUCAUCAGCCAGUUUGCAGUACCUGGGGCGAAAGGGGCUCUGGAGGAGGGACUCUGUGAGAAACACAGGGAAGCGUUCAAACUCUUCUGCAGGGAUGAUCAGAGGUCGAUCUGCGUGGUGUGUGACAGAUCCCGGGAGCACCGGCCUCACACUGUGGUGCCCGUAGAGGAGGCUGCCCAGGAGUACAAGGAACAAAUUCAGAGCCAGUUGGAUUUCCUGAAAAAAGAGAGACAAGAAUUGCUGGAAUUUAAAUCAAAGGAUGAUAAGAAAAGCCAAGAGCUACUGAAAACUAUAGAGUUGGAGCGGCAGAUGCUCAUCUCUGAAUUCGAGGGUCUGCGCCAGUUUCUGCAUGACCAGGAGCAUCUCCUUCUGGGCCAGCUGGAGAAGAUGGAGAAGGGAAUCGCCAAGAAGCAGAAUGAGAACCUCACCGAGCUCUCUAAAGAGAUUUCACUCCUCAACCAACUGAUAACAGACUUGAAAGAGAAAAUCCAACAGCCAGUGCUUGAGUUGCUCAAGGAUGUGACGAGCAUCUUGAACAGAAGCAAGGGUCUGAAGUUUCAGAAGCCAGUUCCUGUCUCUUCUGAUAUGAAAAGCUCUGUCAGCAAUUUCUCUCUCAAGACUAUUGUCCUCAAGGCAGUGUUAAAGAAAUUCAAAGAGACUCUGCAGGAUGAACUGGGAAAAGGUGAAAAAGAGGACCUGACUCUGGAUCCGGAUACAGCCAACCAGCUGCUCAUCUUAUCCACAGAUCUCAAGAGUGUGAGGAUGGGAUGCCGAAAACAGGAGCUGCCUGAUAACCCCAAGCGAUUCGACACUAACUCCCGGGUGCUGGCUUUGGAAGGAUUCAAGUCGGGGAGGCAUUACUGGGAGGUGGAAGUGGGGGCCUCAGACGGCUGGGCUUUUGGGGUGGCCAGGGAGUCGGUGAGGAGGAAAGGUCUGACUCAGUUUUCCCCCGAGGAGGGGAUCUGGGCAGUGCAACAAAACGGAGGGCGCUACUGGGCUGUCACCUCCCCUCAACGCACCCCGCUUUGCAUCGGCGAGAGGCUCAGUAAGGUCCGGGUUUACCUAGACUACGAAGGGGAAGAGGUGUCAUUCUACAACGCUGAGAACAUGCAGCACAUGUUUACUUUUAAUGUUGCCUUUAAUGAGAGAGUGUUCCCCCUCUUUUCAGUCUGCUCCACAAUCACCUACAUUAAACUGUGUCCCUGAAACUUGCAAAACAAUUCACUUAAGACUUGCCCGGGUGCCCCUCACAGAAAAAGCAGCCAGAAACCGUGAAGAUGAGCAUGGCAUUAAUGCAAUAGCUAGGUUGUUAACUAGCUAGCCUAGGCAGUUGCUUGUGUUUUCAUGAUCAGGUCAUCUAGCCCUGACCAGAACAGGUCCAGACCACAUGGCAGUUGGUCCAUGAGGUUGGGCCGAAAGCUCCUUAAAAUCAAUAAACAGACUCCAGUUGACUUAAGUGGGCUUUGGACUUAAGAGGGCAGGUGCAAUGAGGGGAUAUUUUCAGAAAACUGCCAGUGUAGACAAAGAUUGUCAGCAGGGCAAAAGCAAUAUGAUCAGGUCUAAGGACUUGUAAAUUACCACAUUUAAGCCAAACCAAUAUAAAUAAGGACUACUCUGAUUUAAAUGCAUCUACAUUGGGGUUUUGUUUCAGUCUAGCAAGAUCAAUUUUAAAUCCAUAUAGUUAAACUAUUGCAACUUUUCUAAUAAAAGCCAGGGUCUAACGCUACUAGAAACAGCUGACCCUUGUCCAAACUACAGCUUCCAUCACUGGAGCAGCACCAGUCCAGCAAUUGCUUAACAGUUACCCUACAGUAGUGGAGGCCUUAGUGAGAGCCUCUGAUUGUUCUCUUUAUUUGAAGGCUAGAUGCUAGUCCUAUUUGUGUGACCCAUGCACCUCUUCUGUAUCUCUUGAUGUGCAAGUUGUUUGAAAGUCAAUGGCAAAUAAUUCUUUGCAUGAUGGGGCUUGGAAACUCACUGGUUGUCUAAAGGCCUUGUAGUAGAAAUAAAAUCUGAAGGCACUCUA